AUGGCGUCUCCUCGAAGCCUUGCGAUCUCCUUCUUCGUCCUCCUAAUAAUUCCCGCCAUCUCUGCUCGCAUCUCCGUCAUCAAACUCCCGGGAAGCGACGGAUCUAACUCCGCCGCAAAAACCUACUGCGAGAGCUGGAGAUUGGCCGCCGAGACCAAUAACGCCGGAACCUGGAAUGUGAUUCCGUCGAUGUGCGUUGAUUCCGUCGCCGAUUAUCUCAACGGAGAUCAGUACGGAUCCGAUUACGGUGUGAUCGCCGAUUAUGCCAUCGCAUUCGCUAAAUCGGUUCAGAUUUCCGGGGACGGUAAGGAUGUGUGGAUCUUCGAUAUCGACGAGACGCUCCUCACGAAUAUCGACUACUACAAGGCUCAUGGUUACGGGUCUGAACCGUUUGACUCGAAUAGCUUCAAUGAAUGGGUGGUACAAAGUACAGCUCCAGCUUUUGAUGCGAGCUUGAGACUGUACAUUGCUCUUAAGAAACUUGGUUUCACUAUCGUUCUGCUAACCGGUCGGGACGAGGACCAAAGGAGUGUCACGGAAACAAAUCUCCGAGACGCUGGUUAUUCGGAUUGGGAACGACUCCUCUUGAGGGGUCCAGAAGAUCAAGGGAAAUCCGCUACAAAUUACAAAUCAGAGCAGCGGUCUAAAUUGAUCGUUGCAGGAUUCAGAAUCCACGGCAAUACCGGCGAUCAAUGGAGCGAUCUUCUAGGCUUUGCCGUAGCUGAUCGGUCUUUCAAAGUCCCAAAUCCGAUGUACUACAUUCCUUGA